GCCCCGCCCCGCGCCAGGCCAAGGCCACGCCCCCACCGCAUCGUAGGAAAAUUACCUGGGAGGAGGAGGCGGAGCGGGCCUCUUACCCCGCACUCCGCCAGGGCCGUGCACCCCGCACCCUCUGCCUGACCCAGACUCGCCCUGCCCCCUCGCCUCCUCCGAGCACCCCCCAGGAGCGAGCUGAGGGACGGCCCCCAUCGGACCCCGCUACUUAAAAACACCCGACUCGUGACCUUUCCCGGCCUCCUGGGUCCGCCGGGGAAGCCGGAGCCUCAGGCCUCGGCGGAUCCUGGGACUGCGGGGCGGCCGGGCGCGGGGCCAAAGGCGGGGCGGGGGCGGGAGCGGGGACCUUUAAGAGGCGCGGCCGCCGGGACCGACCCAGACGCGGACAGCGCCGGGACUCGCCACCGCCUCGGCCGCCGCGCGCAGCCCGCAGCGCUCCGGCUCCUCCUCCUCUCGCGACCGCCCUCCGCAGCGAUGGACGGAGACGGGGACCCAGAGAACGUGGGCCAGCCGGAGGAGCAGCCGGAGGAGGCGUGCGAGGAGGCGAGCGCCGAGGAGGGGCGGCCCGAGGACCAGGAGGAGGAGGAGGACCAGGAGGCGGCGGCGUACCUGGCCGAGCUGCCCGAGCCGCUGCUGCUGCGCGUGCUGGCCGAGCUGCCGGCCGCCGAGCUGGUGCGGGCCUGCCGCCUGGUGUGCCUGCGCUGGAAGGAGCUGGUGGACGGCGCCCCGCUGUGGCUGCUCAAGUGCCAGCAGGAGGGGCUGGUGCCCGAGGGCGGCGCGGAGGACGAGCGCGACCACUGGCAGCAGUUCUACUUCCUGAGCAAGCGGCGGCGCAACCUGCUGCGCAACCCGUGCGGGGAAGAGGACUUGGAGGGCUGGAGCGACGUGGAGCACGGCGGGGACGGCUGGAGGGUGGAGGAGCUGCCUGGAGACUGUGGGGUGGAAUUCACCCACGAUGACAGCGUCAAGAAGUUCUUCGCCUCCUCCUUCGAGUGGUGUCGCAAAGCGCAGGUCAUUGAUCUGCAGGCUGAGGGCUACUGGGAGGAGCUGCUGGACACGACUCAGCCGGCCAUCGUGGUGAAGGACUGGUACUCGGGCCGCUGCGAUGCCGGCUGCCUGUAUGAGCUCACCGUGAAGCUGCUGUCUGAGCACGAGGAUGUGCUGGCAGAGUUCAACAGCGGGCAGGUGGCAGUGCCGCAGGACAGUGACGGCGAGGGCUGGAUCGAGAUCUCCCACACCUUCACCGACUAUGGGCCGGGCGUCCGCUUCAUCCGCUUCGAGCACGGGGGGCAGGACUCCGUCUACUGGAAGGGCUGGUUUGGGGCCCGGGUGACCAACAGCAGCGUGUGGGUGGAGCCCUGAGCGAUCCUCCUCCCAGCUUCCCCAGCUGCCUGGGGGGGCGGAGGCUGGGGCAGAUAGGCCUUAACUUAGUCGUAGCAUCCUCGCCUUCCCCAAGCCACCAACCCUUCUCUCACUCCCCUUGCUCCAAGCCCAGCCCCCAAGCGGGGAGAGAGGGGUUUAUCGGCAUACAUUUGCUUCUGUUUGCACCUCCUCGGCAGCUGGCUUCUAGAAUGUACCAUCAGUGAGGGCGUGGGCCCUGCUGAAUCUCCUGCACCUAGCACAGUGCCUACCUCAAAGUGGGCACUUAAUAAAUAUUAUUUGUGCAAGGAAGGAAUGAAUGAACAAAGGAUGAA